CCCAGUAGCUCGGGCGGCGGGAGGAGCGGCAGCGGUCAGGCUACUCAGCUUCGCGAAGGCUCUCGGCGCGCCGGGCCCUCAGGCACUCGGCUUUCGCCCGCCCCGCCGCCACGAUGCCCAAGAGGAAGGUCAGCUCUGCCGAGGGGGCGGCGAAGGAGGAGCCCAAGAGGAGAUCGGCGAGGUUGUCAGCUAAACCGGCUCCUGCAAAAGUGGAAACGAAGCCAAAAAAGGCGGCGGGAAAGGAUAAAUCUUCAGACAAAAAAGUGCAAACAAAAGGGAAAAGAGGAGCAAAGGGAAAACAGGCGGAAGUGGCCAACCAAGAGACUAAAGAAGACUUUCCUGCAGAAAAUGGGGAGACCAAAAACGAGGAGAGCCCAGCCUCCGAUGAAGCAGAAGAGAAAGAAGCCAAGUCUGAUUAA